CAUGCCAGAAACUAAUGAUACUACCCCAGUACCGGGCACAAUACCCAUCCCUUACAAUCCACACAUUGACAACUUCUUCGGGGUCCUCUGUCUCUUCAGCUUCAUCUUCGGAACCCUCGGCAACCUCCUCGCCCUGUCCUACUUCAUCAGGAAGAAGAGGGAUGUGCCCACUAUCAUCUACACUAACGUGGUUCUGGUGGACCUGAUUCUAGCUGUGAUAACAGUUCCCGUGGGCAUCUCAAUAUUUGAUGAGCGGAACAACUCCGUGUUCUUCCAGUACCAGAUCUUCUGUGAUGUGUGGGGUUUCAUCUGGACAGCUCUAGCUCGAAUGUCCGUGUUCCUAGUGGGACUCCUGUCCGUGUCCAGAGCUUACUCCCUCACUUUCCCCUUCAGGGCAGUCCAGAAGAGAGUGAUAGUAGUGAUAAUCCUGGUGGCGUUUGCUAUCCACAUCACUGGAGCUAGUAUCCCACUAUGGUGGAACGAUAAUCACCUCUACCAUCCUGCCAUGGCUGCCUGCAUCAUGUUCGGAAAGAAGGCCAUGCCGAAGGAAGCCAUCACUGCUACUAAAGUGUUCGACUACGUGGGGAUGCUGAUUCCUGUGCCGGUGAUAAUAGUGAGCUUCAUAGUGACGGUGUACCAGCUCGCUAAGAAGACAACAGCUGGGGGAGGCAGAGGAGACAACUACAAACAGAACAUCACCGUUACUAUAGCUCUCUUUACGGGAACGUACCUGUUCUUCAACGUGCCAGCAGCAGUGGUCAUGCUAAUCUUCAACUUCUUCCCCAACCUGCUGUGGCCUCACUACGUGUACCUGGUAGCUUACAUCUACGUGAUGGUGAUCCCUCUGAACGCAGCGUGUAACCCCAUCAUCUACCUGUGGAGGAUGGAGAGGAUGAGAGAGCAAAGUAUCAGCAUCUUCAGACGCACUUUCAGCGGGAGAAAGAGUCUGGUGAGUGGAGCUCUGGAUGCGGAGACAGUGCAGAGCUACGUGGCAGGAACCAGAGUGUCUAAUGAGAACCUGUGUAAUGCUACUUUGUGACUAGCCGUGAGGGAGUGUUGUGUCAGGUAGUGUGUUGGGAGGGAGACUGUUAGUUGUGAGGGAGAGUGUGGUGAUAAUAACACACUGGGGACACGUGUUGUACUGGACACUCCGGAGGCGCGCCGUGUUACGUUUAACUCUCCGUCUGAGUGUAACAUAUACUCUCCUAGAGUGAAGCAUGUUACAAUCAACUCUCCGAGGUAUCUAAUGAGGGAAACUCCCUUACUCUCGCCGAAAGAUCUGACUGGGGACGUUCUGACUUGACCGCUAGUGCCCUUUUAAAAAGUUCAAAAAAAUUUAGAUUUACGCUGAGCUGCUUUCUUUCAGAUGAUUAAAAAAAGAGUAAAAAGCUUAAUUCAUCGAGAAAAAUUCUCUAAUGCUUGAUGAAUGAUAGAAAUCAUGUUUUCUUAAAAGAUUUUAAGUAACGAAAUUGUUGAUUAUCUUAAUCAAAUGCUUAUAUUAAUAAGGAAUUUUAACAAA